CUUACAACCUAUUUACAGCAAGAACAGGAUGUCAGAGGACUUUACAUUUGAUGGCUUCCGACUUACUUUGGAGCAGCAAUUCGGUACACAAAAUGGUGUAAAGAGAGAAAUUCACCACUGCUCCAUUUAAAUGAAUGUCAUCUAUCCCCAAACAACAACCUGUUUUUGACGCAGUGAUUCAGGAAAAAGGAGAUACUGGUUUUCAAGCAAGCUUUUUCAGCCCACUAAUUAACGCUAACAAGCUAGCUGCGACGCCCAGCUAACAAUGGAGCCCUCUGAGCAGACAGGCCCAGAUUCUGGCUCGCAGGAGGUCAACCCUGUGUACCUGCAGCAGCUGAGAGAGCUGGACAUCCCAGAGGAGGCUGCCAAGCAGGCCCUCUUGCACACCCGAAAUGUAUCUGCUGAAGAGGCUGCCAUGUACUACUUCAACAAGCUGGAGAAUGAGGAGGAGGGAGACGAUGACCUCAUGUUCAAGAUGGUGUUUGUGGUGAACAUGGAACUCGCCAUGGGUGUCGGAAAGGUGGCAGCACAGGUGGGCCAUGCCGCUGUGGGACUUUACCAGGCACUGCAGGAGAAGAACAGCUGGCGGGAGAUGGCCUGGAAAUGGGACCACGGAGGGGCUAAGAAGGUGGUAGUGCAGGGGACCAACAUGGCUCACCUCCUGGAGCUGCAGGCCCUGGCCAUGAGCCUCAGCCUUCCCACCUACCUGGUCCAGGACGCUGGCCUCACACAGGUGGAGGCUGGUUCCCGUACUGUCCUGGCCAUCAUGGGGGAGGAGGAGAUGGUGAACAACGUCACUGGAAGUCUAAAGCUGCUCUGAAGGACUAAACAGCGAAGUUGUGUGAUGCCGCUGGGGGCGACCAGCAGAGGGAGGCAUUCCUUCACAGCAAGAGGCAUGAAAGAGCGUAACAACAACCUGUUAAAAAAGGAAAACAAAAAAAGAGAAAAACAAGACAUGACCCAACCACAACAAAAGAAUAACACUCAGCCAUUUUUUCCCCUUCCGUUCCCUGUCCAAGCCACUGACUGGAGAUUUGUGGGGAGCAGACGGGAGUCAAGAGAACUGGUCCCUUGAGCAGACUACGUUGUUGAAGGCAGGACUACUAUUCAUGUUGACAUAUAUCUUGGUGAUAAGAGAAAAUUCCGCUAGUUAAAGGGAGAGUCCAUUACUAUAUAUGAUUAUCAUAUCAAAAUGUAUAUGUGGUAUAUUAAAAAAACAUGACGUCCAUAGUCAUUUUUCCCCAGCUAAAGGUAUGAUUUGGCGUGUUUUGGUGAUUGUACAUUACUGUUGUUAUCGUAAUUUAAGGGGAUAGAUAUUCAAUCAUUAUGAAAUCCUGCUAGAUUUAGGAUCUCCCUGUUAAAGUUACUGCUCAAAGAGUGCUCUACUCAAUGUUAUUUUUUUCUAUGUGAAAAUUAAAUGGUGUUUGUAUGCAACAUUCUCUCCCAAAGACCCUUAUCCUAUAGAAACUAAAACACUACAUAGUAAAAUGGCCAUCUUUACGUUUACAUAUGUCCAAUAAGGCCAUAUAUAAUCUGGUGUGCCAUUCUUAUGAUUCUGCACUGUUUCCAAUGGAAUUUCUUACAUUGUUGAUUUUCUUUUUGCAAAAGGAAAAUGUUGAAGCAUUCUCAGAAAGGUACAAUUCCUGGAUUUGGGAUUUACAUUGAGUAACACUGACUUGUAUUUCAUGAUAGCAUAUGAGAGGGAGUGACAGACUCAGUCUGUGGAUGAGAUUUUCUUUUGUGUUGAUACUUAGAGUGCCCCAGCAUAUGUACUCCUGCUAAUUCUUGUGUAUAACAAUUUACACAAGUAAAAUGUGUAACUAAAAUGUGGUCUUCUAGUUCAUGAUCAGUCUUUAUUAUACUUGCCUUAGGUAAGUUGAUAAAUCAAAAUGUUACAAUUUUAAAAUGAAUGAAGAAUAUGGAUUUUGCAAUGAAUGUGCAAUUAUUCAGUUGUUCACACACUUAUGGUCUUAAACAUUUACAAAGAAUCUUAAAAGUUUAAAUGUCUAUUGUGUCUUAACUCUCCUUGUUCUUUGGUUUAGACAAAGGAAUUGUAUUUGGACGUUGGGUUGCCAUUCUAAGCUGUUGACAAGUCAAGGUCUACUCGUGGCAAAAUAUUAUUUUUGCAGAUUGAUUUGAAGGAAAAUGUCAUGCAUGUUACAGUUAAAUGAAAGUUUUAUUUUUUCUUUAAAUGACCAUUUGAAAAUCAAUGGCCACAUUAAUCUCUGUAACGUUUUAGCACUUUGAUACCUCCCUGUGUUACCACUCAUUUGUUCAAAGACUGAGGAGACAAAUAAAAUGCCUCCAGGUCAACUAAAUGA